AUGAGCGACGUCAACAAAGACAGAGGUAUACUGCCUAGUUCAGGUAUACAUCAGACGAAACGUGAACCAGCAGGUAGCACGGCUACCCCCAUGAUAAACGAUGCGCAAAAAGUACCUGCAAUAGCUGCCCCCAUGAUAAAUGAUGCGCAAAAAGUAUCUGCAAUAGGAGGAUUUAUUGCAGGAGGUCUAGCUGCAUGUGGAGCAGUCACAUUCACAAAUCCAAUAGAGUUGAUAAAAACAAGGAUGCAACUACAAGGAGAGUUAUCUAAAAGUCAAAAGGGUGAGGCUAAAAUGUACAAAAACCCGUUUCAAGCAUUUAAGGUCAUAUAUCAGCAUGAAGGUUUAAGGGGUCUACAACAAGGACUAUUAUGUGGAUACUAUUAUCAGUUGGGACUUAAUGGAUGUAGAAUCGGGCUUUAUGAACCUAGUCGGCUUUGUCUCACAAAAUUACUCGCACCUUCCAAAAUAAAGGAUGAUGGAGUUUUAGUUGGUAAUUUGUUUAUCAAUGUGCUUGCUGGAUUUAUAUCUGGCGCAGCUGGUGCUGUUUUGGCAUCUCCCUUCUUUUUGAUCAAAACGAGAAUGCAAUCGUUUUCCAAAACUGGUGCCGUGGGACAACAGACCCAUUAUUUGGGUGCUUGGGAUGGACUCAAACAAAUUUAUACCCACGAAGGGUUCAAAGGAUUAUACCGAGGAGUAGAUGCAGCGGUAUUGAGGACCGGUGCAGGAUCGGCUGCUCAAUUGCCCGUAUACUACUUGACCAAGAAUUUUGUGUUGAAGCACCAUAUUGCUCAAGAUGAUAGUUUUUUGUUGCACUUUAUAAGUGCUUCAAUGGCAGGGUUGGGCGUUGCAGUUGUAAUGAAUCCAUGGGACGUUGUUUUGACGAGAAUGUAUAAUCAAAAGGGCAAUUUGUAUAAAAACCCUUUAGAUUGUUUUAAAAAGAUUGUUGCAAUUGAAGGGCCCAUGGCGUUAUAUAAGGGGUUUUGGGCCCAAUUAUUCCGAGUUGCGCCUCAUAGUAUAUUGACUUUAAUGUUUAUGGAGCAGUGUAUGAAGGUGCCAAAGCAGCUCCAAAAAGGUGCCAAGGCAACUCCAAAACAGCUCCAAAAAGGUGCCAAAACGGAGCCAAUACAGAGCCAAUACGGAUCAGAGACUAUAGAUGGGGACAAAAUAGACAAUAGACAAUAG